GUCACCACUUCCACAACAACAAGAAGCUGAAAAACAAGGAAGUGGACGAUUGUGUGAAGCCGUGACCUGAACUAAGGCCGUGAGAAGAUACGCAGAGCUCCGUUUAACCUGAUAUUCUUCAGCUUCUGAAUUAUAACACGACAAUGAACAACAAAGGUUCAUAUCCACAGCAGGCUGUGUACCCUCAGCAGAGCUCUGCACCUGUAUACCCUCCUGCUAUGCAAAUGUCUCCUCAGGCACCUCCUUACACAGACACACCACCUGCAUAUUCUGAGAUAUACCAGCCCAGAUAUGUGCUUCCACCUCAGGUGCCUGGUCAGGUGCCUCAGAUGUCCUCUCCCUAUCCUGGUGCUCAGGUGUAUAUGCCCAUGCAGCCACAUAUGCCAGUUGGGCCAGUGGGCCAGAAUGUCCCCAUGGCUUAUUAUCCAAUGGGAGCAGUCUACCCGCAUGGUUCAACUGUGAUGGUGGAGAGCGGCUAUGAUGCUGGUGCUCGCUUCACAGCCGGCAGCAGUGUUUCCAUCCCACCCCCACCUCCUGGACACCCCCCUAAUGCCGCUCAGCUGGCUGCCAUGCAAGGUGCCAAUGUUGUAAUGACACAGCGCAAGAAUAACUUCUUCCUGGGUGGAUCCAGUGGAGGUUAUACCAUCUGGUAACAGCAGCUCCUUCAUGCCUAAACCAUGUCCCCAUCCCAGAUGAUGCCCCAGUUCUUCCCCAUCCCAUAUGCCUCCCUCUUCAGGCUGCUUGGCCAUGCCACAAUACUGAUAUCACCUAACGGAAUGUAAUAUUUUAGAGCCCUUGUGAAAGGUACAGUACUCCACUUCUGACCUAGAGAUGAAAUGAUAAACUCCAUUGCCUGAAGAGGACAAGUGAAAAUUGUAAUGUUACAGAAUCCAUUCCAUAGUUCUUCAUUGGGUCUAACCUUUUUGGUCAUUCCAGAUCUGACCUCUUUCAGGCAUCUUUAUUUGUCAACAAGAUCUUCUCUUCUUUGAUUGAAUGGUCGCAAAUUACACUGAGAUGUUCUUGUACUCCUGUAAAAAUACUUUAAUGAAAUAUUGAAAUAUCAGACCCGCAUAAAUAUAGUUUAGCUGCUUUAUGGUGAAAGUGAAACGCAGUUACAAAGUUGCAGUAAAAAAGAAAAAAAAACAUCCACUUGUCUUUUUUUGAAACUUUUAGUGUAGUUCAAUUAAUAGGUGUCUAGUAGUUCCAUGUAAGUACCAGUAUGAUUAUGAGAAAUUACAUCUCAACUAUUUAAAAAAAAAAAAAAGGAAGAAAAAAAAAGUCAGCAUCCUGGAUGCUUUUAGCUAGAAAUGUCUUGUCUUUUGCACAGUAUCCAAAAUACCACGGAAAAUUUGUUGCACAGUGAACUUUCUGAGAGAUUGUUCUAUUUAAAUCACAUGUAAAUUAAAGAAAUUAAAGCAAAAAGAAUAAAAAAAUCAAAAGAUUUACUGCAAUAUGAAAGUGGUUUACUGUACCUUGUUGGGCAACUUGUAGAUGAACAUAGUCAAGUGCCAAAGAGCACUGGGGAUAGCCCUAAAUUUAAGCAAAUUAACUUCAGUAAACUUAAAGGAAAGAAAAAUUAAAGUAAAUCCAAAUAGAAAGAUGGAUGGGAAGGGGUGGUUGGUGUAACAUUUUAGCUUUUUUGUCUCCUGUUUCUAUUUCACAGUCGGAUACCCAGAGUUUAUACACUAAAUGUUUUAUUGUACAGAUUUAAACUACUUUUCAUUAUUUCCUUUUCACGCAGUAUAUCUUAGAUCAUCAAGUAUUUAUUCUCCACAGAAAAAUGUCACCUUUUGUGAUAGCGUUCAUUUCUAGGUAACAUUUUCAGCAAAGUUACUGAGACUUAUAUUUCAGUGUUUCUUUACUUUUCCACAUUUAAGUGACUUACGCAAGUAGUUAGGCUAAUAAAUUUGUUAGUAUAACCAAUGAGCUGGUUGUACCAAAGAUCUGGUCUA